CGCGGAUGAUUUGAGUUUUGUUUGAAUGAACGAAGACGAAGUUGGGCACGGUAGCUAAACAUUUUUAGCAAUGUAGAAAUGGCAGCAACGCUUAGCCCUUCAGAUUUAGACCAGUCGUCUCAAAGCGGGCACUCUGUGUCCAGUCGGAGCAGUAACCGAAGUCUGAGAGUGGCUGAAAAGGAGAGGAGAAAGAACGAGGCGGAGGACCCGUUUGUUCUGGCCCUGAAAUAUUUCUCUGACGUUGAAGCUGGUACUCCAGUAAUUGGGAACGAUGAGCUGGACAGGAACCUGGUGCUGGUGGAGAAGGUGGCCUACAGCAGGGGCCUUUCCCCAGAGGCCAUUUCAGUCAUGCUGGAGUUUGCCAUGAGCCUCCGUAUGGGGAGCAGUCCGUGUGUGCGGGUGCUGAAGUGUCUGAUUCCGGCCACUGUGGUGCCGCAGGAGGCUGUUGUUCGAGCAGUGGUUUGGUUAAGUGUUGGGAAAAUACCCAUAAGCACUCAGGUUCUUUUCAUAAAAUGGGUGCUGACGGUUUUUGACAUGAUCGAUGCCAAGGACCAACUUCGAUCUAUUUAUGGCUUCAUCUUCAGCUUUGUCACAGAGGAAAAUCUGUGCCCUUUUAUCUGCCAUCUGCUGUACCUUUUAACCAGAAAGGAAAGUGUCCGUGUCUUCAGAGUAAGGAAGCUGCUGGAGCUUCAGUCUAAACUGGGGAGGCAGCCUUUCCUUCUGCAUCUGCUGUCUCUAUACAAAGUGUUUUGUCCUGAGCUGGUGACGCUGUCCAUUCCAUCGCGGAUGAGGAGCGGGUUUAAGAACCACAUUUCUCCGUGGAAAUCAGCGCUGAUCGCUGUCCAGAAGAGGAACGGUUUGCAGGUUGCGCCGAGCGUCGGUCUCACGGUCAAAGAGAAGACCGGCUCUAGGAAAAGAAAACAUUGCCAGCUGGAGCUGCCAGCACUGAGUUCUGUCGUCAACAAAGAGGCUCAGGCGGAGCGGAGCUCCAGCAGGAGGGUGGUGCCUCUGGUGCACAUCCACUCCUUCCCUCAGCUGUUGGAAAACAUUCAUCGCAUAGAGCUGCCUGCUCAGAUGGGCUCUCUGCUGGGCUCCAGUCUGGCGCUGCAGUACCUGGACUGUGUGCAGGAGGAGUCUGCCCUCCUCAGACUCAAUUUCUGGCUAGGCUGUGCUCUUCAUGAAGAGUUUUUGUGCAGCGAUGGAGGAGCCGUCCAGAAUUCAGAGGAAGCUCUCCAGUUCCUGAAGGACUUGCUGGCUGCGCAGCACUUCCUCCAGGAGGGGUUCUCCAGUUCUGACACUUUCCUCUACAAGUUCCUCAACAUUUGGGAUGGCUCUCUGCUCCGUCCGCAGGUCCUCGGCCUUCUCAGCAACAUUCCAGUCGUCCCAAGUUCACAAAUGGGCAGGCUUCUGUUUGAACCCCUCACACAGAUCUUCUUCACGUCCUCCCUGUUUUUCAAGUGUGGACUGAUGGAAUCUCUGAACAAUAUGCUGUUGAAGUGGCUGACCUGGCACUCGGUGUACGCGCUGGAGGACGACCUGGACAUCAGCCUCAACAGCCACACUUCCAUAAACAUAACCCUGUCGGGGUUUAAGGACUCUGUGAUGGAGCUGGUUCACUUUGUGGGCCGGCUGGCCUCGGUGGGACUUCAGCUCGAAGGCUGCCACUCUCUCCUGCUCAGCUUCGUCCUGGACUUCUAUGAGACCGUGUGCGACACCUUCCUGAAGUUCGGCCUUCCCCUGGUGGUGAUGCCUCCACCUGGAGUGUUCUACCCUGCCCUGCUGGCCACAGACCCUGCCAGUGUGGACAGGCUGGCCUACAUCAUGCACAGGUACAAAGUGAACCUGACAUCAGCCAAGAGUCAAGAGAAGCUGACAGAGCAGGCCUUCCACAUCAGCCGGCAGACGUUCCGGGAGUUUAACCACUACGUGGUGGUCAUGGUCAACUGUCUGUGGAACUCCAAGAUGUUUCAGCCGGGUGUGGACGUCCAGCUGGGCGAGGAGCUGCUUCUCAGGAGCAAAGUUCCACAGCACUGGUGCCGCUUCGACCUCAUCCACCACCCGGCCUUCAUGAACUACGCCGUGGACUUUCACCAAAGGUGCUGGCCGGACAGAAAGGACAUGGACCUCAGUUCCAUAAAGCACUCCAAGCCAUGGAGCUGGUACCUGGAGUAUCUGUUCACGCAGGGCUUCGACGGCCUUAGAGACUUUGUUCAGAGUAACAUCAGCCGGCAGGUGAUAGCAGGAGACGGACAGGGCGACUCGCAGCCGAGAUAGAAGAUCUGAAGGAAAACAACCAUCCGGGACGUUACAUGUAUAUUUUUAAAAAGACUUGUACAGUUUUCUCUACUUGCAAGUUAAUCUUUUAGUGUACAUACCUUUUUUUUUAAAAGAUGCUAACGCACUUUGAGCUGCUUGUGUUGCAUGAACAUUGCCAUGUAAAUAGUAUCAAUAAUAAAUGUGCUGAUGAUGACGAGCUCGUCUGGGUUGGUGUAACAUUGAAAUGAAUUCCGUCUGAAACCCUUAUGUUGUUGGAGGUGAGAAGCCCUUCUCUCCCUUAUUACAGAGUCCUUAAUGUUAAUAGACUGUGACAGUAAAUGCGCAUUUCAACAAGCAUGAUUAAGCUACAUGGAUUGUGCAAAAGGAAACGACACUACAUCAUCCUGAAUACCCUGUGUGAGCAAAACAAACGGAGUCAUGUAAAUAAGCCAUCAAUCGACCAGACGGCAAAAUUCCUUAACACAAACAUGAAGGAAUAAAGAGGAAGUAAAACCAUAUGUCUAGGUAAAGUUAAAAAGUUCUAUAUGCCUAUUUGUUUUUUAUUCCAUUGUUACUGUCCUCCAUGGCGAAUGACUGAAUUACACCAGCUGGACCCUUAAUAAAAAACAACUUACC